AUGUCACCCAUAUCUUAUACUCCUGUGGAAGAAUUAAAACCAGAUCAACAUCAAGUGAAUUUAAAAGUAAAAGUGAUUGCACAAAUCAUAUUAGGAGAAGUUGAUGAUUAUAGUACUUGGAAUAAAACGAAAGUUGCGGAAAUUCUAAUCGGGGAUUCGACAGGAUGUAUAAUCAUGAAAGCAAUAAACGGUCAAAUAAAUAUAUUACAACCGAAUGCCAUGGUGUGCAUUCAUAAUGCAAGAGUGGAAAUGUAUCGUGGAUUUAUGAGAAUAGUAGCUGAUCAAAACAUCAAUGCGGAAAUUAAACCCAUCAAAGAUAAUUGGAUUAUGAUAGAUGAAAAUAACACAUUUGAAGAUGAUGAAUAUCAAUACGUACCCAUGUCGUAUUAA